AAUUUCCCUCUCCUUUUGUUUCUUUUAACUUGUAUGUCCCCCUUAGUUUACCUAAUCUCUGCCAAAAAAACCAGCCCAAUCUAUGCCAAAAAAAUCAGCCCCCGAACUCCAUCUCUCGAUUCUCUUCUUCAAAUCUAGAUCCCCAAAACAAGAAAAUAAAAAGGAGUGAUCAGUAAUUGAUAUAAACAGAGGAAAAGCUGGGGAAACAGAGUGUUACCGGGGAAUGGGGAUAUCGUAUGGGAUGGUGGCGAGAGAGCAGGUGGUGUUGGCAGAGUUCAGCGCAACGCAGACGAAUGCGAGCACGGUAGCGAGAAAGAUAUUGGAUAGGAUGAAAGAAGCAAAUAAUGAUAGCAAUUCUUCGUUUUCCCAUGAUUGUUAUAUUUUUCAUGUCAAGAGAACCGAUGGCCUCACGGUUCUUUGCUUGGCCGAUGAUUCCUCCGAAAGGAGAAUCCCUUUUGCUUUCCUGGAAGAUAUCCAUAAAAAAUUUGUUAAGACAUAUGGUCGUGCCAUUCAUUCAGCUUCAGCGUUUGCCAUGAAUGAUGAAUUCUCCAGGAUCCUGAGUCAACAAAUGGACCAUUUUUCGAAAGAUCCGACAGCCGAUAGAUUAAACCGUUUGAAAGAGGAAAUGAGCCAGGUGCGGAGUGUAAUGGUCGACAACAUUGAGAAACUUUUGGAGAGAGGCGAUCGCUUGGCGUUGCUUGUUGAAAAGACUAGUACAAUGCAGGGGAAUGCAAUUCGAUUCAAAAGCCAAGCUCGUCGUUACAAAAAUGCUAUUUGGUGGCGAGAUUUUAAGUUCACGGCGACAUUGAUAUUAAUGCUUUUGUUGAUCAUCGUUUAUGUUCUGCUCACAUUUUUUUGUAAUGGACUCUUUUUGUCGUCCUGCUUUUAUGCCUUGUAAAUUUUUUUUUAAUAUAUUGGUGGUGCUAUUCCUGGACAAUUUGGCCUUCAAAUUUUCACAUGUUUAGCGGGCUGCCAGCUGCAUUUCCGUAAA